AGUUUUUGCCAGAGAGGUGAGGUGUGUUUUUAUUAAGGGGGGGGGGGCAGAGUAUUUAUAUCUGAGCAGAUCAGAUAAUGUGAGCUUUCAGCGAUGGCUCUCUACAAAGUGAUUUGUGUGGCGACACUGCUGACUCUCCUCACAAAAGAGUCUCACUCACAGCUGGGUGUGUGUGGUCAGGCUGGACUCAACACCAGGAUUGUUGGAGGACAGAAUGCCCCUCCAGGAAACUGGCCCUGGCAGGCCAGUGUGCACAGAUUUGGGCGUCACAUCUGCGGAGGAACGCUCAUUAACAACGAAUGGGUGAUGACUGCUACGAGCUGCUUAAUCACCGGCACAAACAAUCUGCUUGUGUAUCUCGGCCGCGAGAGACAAGAGGGACCCAACCCCAACGAGGUGUCCCGGACCAUAAUACACGUCAUUAAUCAUCCCAACUACAACCCCACCACUGCUGACAACGACAUCUCUCUCCUGAGGCUCUCCUCUCCGGUCAACUUCACUAGCUACAUCCUGCCCGUCUGCCUGGCGGCCUCAGGCAGCACCUUCCACAACGGCACCGACGCCUGGGUCACCGGCUGGGGAGACACUGCGUUAGGAGUGCCUCUUCCUUCACCACAAAACCUGACGGAGGUGGAGGUGCCCAUCGUGGGGAACAGAGAGUGUAGCUGUAGCUAUGGACUUUUUGCAAUCACAGGCAACAUGAUGUGUGCCGGGUUACAAGCCGGAGGGAAGGGCGCCUGUCAUGGGGACGAAGGAGGUCCGCUGGUGAUCAAGCAGAACGGCAGCUGGAUCCAGGCGGGGAUCGUGAGUUUUGGACUGGGUUGUGCUCAGGCUAAUUUCCCGGCGGUCUUCACCAGAGUGUCCCAGUACCAGAGCUGGAUCAACAGCCACAUCACCACCAACCAGCCGGGCUUCAUCACCUUCACCUCCCCCGGGAUCGACAGCGACGUCUCCUUCACCUGUCCCAUCCAGGUGCCUCCUCCAACCCUGGCUCCCACACCUGCAGCCGACGUUUGUGGUCGUGCUGUGCUCAACAGCAGGAUUGUUGGAGGGGAGGAGGCUCCUGUGGGCAGCUGGCCCUGGCAGGCCGGCCUGUACAGAUUUGGGAGUUUCCUCUGUGGAGGAUCCCUCAUUAACAGUGAAUGGGUGCUGACUGCUGCUCACUGUGUGCGAGGCAACGUCACCACUGGUCUGGUUGUGUUUCUGGGCACCCAGAGUAUAUCGAUAUUUACCGCCAACGAGGUGGGUCGGUUGGUAGAACGGAUCGUCAUUCACCCCGACUACAUCGCCCGCACCGGUAACAACGACAUCGCCCUCCUGAAGCUGUCCUCACCGGUCAAUUUCACCGACUUCAUUCGGCCCGUCUGCCUGGCGGCCUCAGACAGCACCUACCACAACGGCACCAACAUCUACGUCACCGGCUGGGGCACCAUUGCAUUUGGAGUGCUGCCUCCUCCCCCACACACUCUGAGGGAGGUGGAGAUGCCAGUUGUGGGGAACAGGCAGUGUAACUGUGACUAUGGAGUGGGCUCCAUCACAGACAGCAUGAUGUGUGUCGGGGAUCGAGCUGGAGGGAAGGGCACCUGUCAGGGGGAUGGAGGUGGUCCGCUCGUGAGUAAGCAGGGCGGUCGCUGGAUCCAAGGGGGAGUCGUGAGCUCUGGAAGUGAAUGUGGUAAACCUAAUUUCCCAGGAGUCUUCACCAGAGUGUCCCACUACCAGUCCUGGAUCAACAGUCAAAUCAACAGCGACCAGCCCGGGUUCCACACCUUCAGGUCCAGUGGGACAGACGGAGACCUCAGUGUCACCUGUACAGGCCUGCCACCACUUCCAACCACCCCUCCUCCAACCACACCGCAGCCUGUGGUCUGCGGCCAAGCCCCGAUGAACUCACGUAUUUUGGGAGGAAGCUCGGUGGCGUCAGCUGGUGUGUGGCCGUGGAUGGCGAGCCUACAGAAGAAUGGAAGACAUGUGUGUGGUGGGACUCUGGUGGCCGUGGACGCCGUGCUGAGCAACGCCAACUGUUUCUCAAGUUCACCCAAUCCGUCUGAAUGGACCGUCAUCUUGGGUCGACUGAAACAGAACGGAUCCAAUCCCUUUGAGGUGACGCUGAAGGUCACAAACAUCACUCUGAGCAACCUGACGGGGUCCAAUGUAGCAGUGCUGCAUCUGGCAACUCCACCCACCCUGUCUGACUACAUCCAGCCCAUCUGCCUGGAGAACGGACGAACCGUCAGCGUGGGGACGACGUGCUGGGCUGCCGGCUGGAGCUCCGGGCGAGGAGGGGUGGAACAAGUUCUGCAGGAGCUCCAGACCUCGGUGGUCGACUGUGGGAACGCCACAACCUCAGACAGCAUCUGUACAGGAGCUUUAACACUGGAGCAGGGUGACUCUGGCGGCCCGUUGAUGUGUCGGCAGGACGGCUCUUGGUUCCAGGCGGCGGUGUUGUCAGUAGAAAACUCCACCGCUCAAACACGAGCAAAUCCAGUGACGGUCUUCACCAGUCUGAACAGGUUCUCAGCCUUCUUGUCUCAGACACUGGGAACGUUCUUAUCUCCAGCCUCCAACACCACAGCUUCCGGGGGCGCUCUCACUCACUCCUCCUCCUCCUCCUUCCUCCUCUACCUCCUCGUCCUCUCAGCGUGUCUCCACCUCUUCUCAUAGGAAACCUGUCUCUGUAAAUAGCGAUUUACAUGAUGUGACUGGUACAAAUGAAUGUAAACAAACAUGAAUCUGAGAGACAACAUCAGCUUAAAGCUGCAGAUUCUGCCUCUGAGAAACACAGUGACAACAAUCAGCCUGUCCAUUAACUAUACUACAUUAACUAUAUACUUAAUAACCUAAGUUUUGAGAUGAAGUAAAAUCUUUUUGUUUGAUUCAGUGACAUUUCCCCUCAUGACUGUGCUCCUUUUCAUGCAUGAGGAGGUUAAUACGUACAAAAUUAAAACAUAUACACUGAAAAUA